AUGUCAGAUCUUCUCAACUCGCGCUGGGCUCCUGGCGCGAGUGGGACAGCUCGAAACAACCCCCCACAAUCCCAAUCCCUAAGGCGACCGCGCUCAGAGUACCGUAUCCGAACCCCAAACUCACCUCUAGCCUAUGGCGCCGAGCCAAGCUCUACCUCAUACCUCGAACCCAAACCAACAUUCACAAGUACCGCUCCAGGCAAAUCCUAUGGAUCAGGUUCAAUCCUCCCACCCUCUGAGGAACUAGCACGAUUUAUGAAAAUCGUUGCGCGGUUACGUUGGAAACUACCAUUCCUAGCAGAGGGUUACCGACUCGCAACGCAGGUCGUUCACGAGUUAGGUGGGGUAGCUCACGCGGACGUAGCACAAGCGGAAAUUAUGUUUAAGAUUGAUUUUCAUGAAUACUACGCAUUGCUUGAACGAGCGAUUGUGCAUCUACUCGCUGUGUUCAAUAUCGCGGUAUCUUCGGUCGGCGGGCGGGGAGGGACUGGUGGGGUUCAAGUAAUGGGAGGUGGUUAUCAUCAAGGUGCGGGGAUACAUCGAUAUCAUGCGAAUGUUCUACAAGCUCUUGAGGAAGAGUCUACACCACUCUCACCUGUAUUGGGCUCGGGACAUGUGCUUGGGUUAUUGCGCAAAGCGAAAGAGUUAAGGAAUCGCUGGAAAACGGCAGAUAUGACCAAGGAAGAACGAGAACGAGAUCCUUUUGAGAUGGGAAGGGCGAUUUUACCACUUACUAGUUUCAAUUUUGAUGAGAUCUUCCUCGGGAUCUUUGGGGGUUUGGAGGAAGCGUAUGUGCGUGCUAGGAUCCAUGUGGAAUUGUGCAAGAAGCCUGGGGAUCCAGAUGAGUCUGUCAGUGGAGAGUUGGGGCCCGAGUCAGAUUGGGUAUUUAUGGUGGAUGCUAUGGAUUGGGAGGCAGUUUGA